AUGGAUUACCGAAGGGAAGUGCAGGAAUACGCUGAAGAUGCAGCCAUUCUGCGAUUCUACAAUUUAGAUUCUUUGGAACCGGAAGUGUGGACGGAUGAAGCCACCGGUCACCAGGAUGAACAGGAAUCCACCCUUCAACAGUUUUCCCGCGCCGGCAUGAUGGACGCCCACGAACCGGCCUUGAGAGACACCGAAAACGAAACCGAUCUGCAAAUGAUGGACGAUAGCGACCCAUUGGGAAUACACGCGUCCAUUUUUGAAAAUAAAAUACCACGCAACGCCAAUAUAUCACAACUAAAAGAACAAUCGAGUUUGAUUGUAUCCAACAAGUCAUUCAACCCACAGCAGUUUUUAUUGCAGGUGCAUAAACACACAACGUAUAAUGAUCUGGUGGCUGGAGAAGAAUACCUUCGUCGUGGAGUGGAUAAACGCGCCGAAGCAUUGAAAUCGCUUGUUCACACCAAUUUCGAUCGGUUUGUCAGCGCAAAAACUACCAUCGAUCAUGUCUACGAAGAGAUGAAGUCCAAACAAUUGAAUGCCGAACAAGAGUUUGGCACAAGGAACUUGGAAAAAGCCUUGGAAGAUGCCAAUUCGCGUGCGGAUCAGAUCUACGGUCCUAUCGUGGAACGUCGUCAAAAGGUGGAAAAAGUACGCAGUACCCUGAAUAUUUUGCAGCGGUACAAAUUCUUUUUCAAUCUUCCUAGCAGUUUGUUGGAAUCCAUCAAGCAGAACAAGUAUGAGACGGCCAUUCGUGAUUACAAGAGAGGAAAAUAUUUGUAUCAGGUGCUCAAAGGAAACGAAGAAUCCGACAGUACGAAUGAAGCCGGUUCGAUGCCGAUGAUGGAUACUGUUAACGCAAACGCAGAUACCACGGAUUUGCAUCGCAAAGUCUUUGAUAAAGUGUGGGCCGAAGUCAACAAGAUUGUGGCCGAACUGCAAAACGUGCUUUAUCAAAUGUUGGCCGAUGCUUGGCGUAGUAUGGACGAACAAGAAAAAACCAUAAAUUUUCUGUUUGAUCUGGAUACAACCGAAGAUCCGGCAUGGUUCUAUCUUGACAGCCAAUAUCAAUGGACGAUGGGAUUGAUGCAACAAAACUAUGACGCCAACGUGGAAAAGAUUGAAAAGUUGAAGCAAGCCAGCGAUACCAUGGAGUCGGAUGUCCAACGUAACAUUGCGUUGAAAAGGGCCAUUGAUCAAGCAAAGGCCAAAAAUAUUGAUCUGAACUUGAUCGAACUGGACAGUGAUCAUGAAUCCGAGUUGAAACUGUGGCAGAUGACCCAAGAUUUGGUCCAAUCGCUUUCAGCCCUGUUACUUCGUUGUUUACCUGAUUUUUGGCGAUUAUCCAAAGCGUUCAUCGAAGGCAAAUUCGCAAACAAGGCUGCUAAUGCGAAAUCGAUCUCUGGAGGCCCAAAACGUCGUCGUCAGGGCGUGGAUCUUGCCAAAGUGGAAAAUUGCCAAAAAAUGACGCGCAAUAUCGUUGACCGUUACGCGCGUCUCAUCUCGAAUUACUUUGACCUUGAUCAGAAAGAGCUGGAAACCGCCCGACGUUCGGACGGCAAUAAACAAACGAUCAUGCCCAAAUUUCUUCCUGUGAAUACCAAUUCCAUUCACGUGUCCGAGUAUCUGACGCGAAUCAUUACCGAUUUAGCCAAUUGUGUCAACGACAUCAGUUCCAUCCAUUUACCUGGAGAAGCGUUUUCCGGUCUGACCGAUCUUAUGGAAAAAGCACGCUGGAAGUUUGUCGACGUCUUGUGUGCCUGUUGGGAACGAGAUGCCAAGACCUUUUACUUAUUGGAAGAGUGGGUUCUUGAUCCGGAAUCGCCACAAUACACCGGUCUACUGAAGCGCUAUUACAUGUAUCACAAAUUUUGUGCUCGCUCAGCUUACAAAAUGUCCCACCUGACCGCAGUAAGCGAUGAAGUCAUCGAGGCGCGGGUUGAACUGAGUCCACGAUACAUUGGACGCAUCCGAAAUUCAUUCCUCGAUUCCACUUAUACCUUCCUGGACGGGCUAGUCCAACUCGCCUUUUCAGACUAUAAACCGCUCAACGAAAAGGAUGAGUUGCAAUUGAUCAAGAAGCGAGAUAAAAUUGAUGUGCACUCCAUGGAUAUCCGUAUUCUUUUGACGGUGAGCAAUCUGGGCCAUAUGCGGUCCAAUGUUUUGCGAAAACUGGUUGGACUGUUUGAAGCUGCCUACAAGUGUAAUAUGGAAGAAGACCUAAAGACCCUGAUCGAAGUGGUGGAUCAAUUGGACCAUAUUCUGUUCAACGAUUACAUCAAACGAAAAUCAUCACUGAUUCGUGAUAUUAUUCGUCGGGGCAUCCUGUCCAACGGCAUUGACUGGUUCAGCAUCUCCAAACCUACAGAGGUUCACUCGUUCGUAUACAAAGCACUAAUGACGAUGGUCGUGAUUCAUUCUCAAGUGAGCAGUGUAGCCAAGCAGUUGAUCCACCGUGCCUUGUCGGCGUUACUGGAAGCCAUGGCCAAAGAUUGUCUUGAAAGCUUUCGAGAGAUUGAACGGUUCGGUAUGGGCGGCAUGUUGCAAGCGACGUUGGAAAUUGAAUUCAUGCAUCAAACGCUUUCGCAAUACGUGACAUCAACAGCCUCCGAGACCCUUCAACUGAUCUACCAAACCAUCGAACAAGCGUACGAUCCCCAACGUCAACAUUCCGGCAAUCUGCAAUCCGAACUGAACCACGUGAAAGAAUUGCUGGUAUUUAGUCGCAAAAGUACAGUUCUUCAGUUCUUAUGUUUCAAACAGAACAAAGAUCGUAAGCGAGCUUAG